UAAAUAUUGCGUUUUUUUUAAUUAUCAACAUUCCCUAGUACACGAGUGUUUAGUUAGUAAAAUAUGUCUAUAAUACCGCCGGUUACUCGUCUUUCCUCUUCAAUAAUAAGAAUAUUGGGCUGUAAUCCAGGGCAUAUGACCCUGCAGGGCACCAAUACUUAUUUAGUGGGAACUGGACAAAAACGUAUUUUAAUUGACACCGGUGAUCCGGAUGUUCCAGAAUACAUAAAACAUUUAAGUGGUGUAUUAAAGGAAGAAAAUGCUUCCAUUAGCACCAUCAUAUUAACCCAUUGGCAUCAUGAUCAUGUAGGCGGUGUUAAAGAUGUUUUGAAAAUUUGUGCUGAUAAAGUAAAUAUUCAUAAAGAUUGUCAGGUUUACAAAUACCUAAGAACUGAUGCCCCAGAUGUGUGUCCAGAGAUUCCAGAAGAAGUUAAGCUGGAAAAGUUGCAGGAUCAUCAGGAAUUCGAGGUAGAAGGAGGCAAAGUUAAGAUUGUACAUACUCCUGGUCACACCACAGAUCAUGUAGUAUUGACCACUCCCGAGGGAGCUUUGUUUAGCGGAGAUUGCAUCUUGGGUGAGGGUACUGCUGUUUUCGAGGAUUUAUAUGACUAUAUGAAAAGUUUGGAUAAGAUUUUACAUCUUAAACCCUCGAUUAUAUAUCCCGGUCAUGGUAAUGUCAUUGAUGAUCCUUUGGAUAAAAUCAAGUAUUAUAUAAAACAUCGUAAUCAGCGUGAAGAACAGAUUUUGGAUUUCUUUGUACAACGUCCACAACAAAAAUGUCAGGCUAUGGAUGUGGUUAAAGUGGUGUACAAAGAAACACCCGAAAAAUUAUGGCCAGCAGCAGCCUACAAUGUCAGUCAUCAUUUGACAAAAUUGCAAAAGGAGGGCAAAUUACAACAUUUCCUAGAAGAUGAUGAGGAUGUUUAUAUGCAUCAAACUUCCAGUAAAAUAUAAAUACAAGUGAUAUGUAAAUACUGUUUCUUUCUGUUCGUUUGCUUGCUAUUUUUAUGUAAAUAAAGUUGUUAUAAAGAUGUCUUUAGUGUGUCCCUUUUUAAGUUGA